AUGGCUCAAAUAGCCGAUUGCCUCUUCUUCUUCUUCUCUACUACGGCCGCCGACGAGACGAGAAGGGAAAUUUGCAAAGGAGAAGCCUUUGUUGUUCGUCGCGAGCCGGCGAGCGAGACAGGCGAAGCGGGCGGAGGGGAGAAGAACGGAAGAGAAACCAUGGAUGCUUCAGCGCUCAGCAACCCGCGCCUGCAGGCGAUGCUAGAGGAGGAGAAGAGGAAGGCAAUGGCAAACGAGGUUGUGGCCAAGCUCACUGAUGUCUGCUGGGACAAAUGCAUCACUGGGAGCAUUGGAAGCAGCUUCAGCAACAGCGAAGCUUCGUGCCUGUCCAACUGCGCGAAACGCUUUCUCGAACUGAAGAUGCUCACCAUGCAACGAUUUAGCGGCAGUAGAUGAAAUAAUAAUAUCGUGGUCUUUCCUGCAUGGAGAUGUAGAAUCUAGUGGAGUCGAUGCUAGAAACUAGAGGAGCAAUCACUUGCUUUUUGCUUCGUUAUCAGUUUUGGUGUUUCCAUGCAUACGUUUUCAAGUGAAACGAUUGCAACAUUCGCUCUUGUCAAAAAGAGAUCGUAUUUUUACUACUUUUUACCUGAAAAGAAUCAGAGACAAUACUACUGGAGCAAGAAAUUUGUGUUAGUGAGGUUUCUUUUCUUUGGAAAUAUUGAGGUGGUGUUGAAAUGAAAUGAGUUGAGUCUGCCGAUGCAAGAAGUUC